AUGUUUUCCUAUCCGCGUCCCAACCAACUCGCUCUCCUGGUUUUCUUCCACUAUCUUUUGCUUUUCUCCACCCAAGUCAAUGCGCUGCCUCUCCGCGCCCGUCAGGCAACUGACGGACCCCGCUCAGUGACCACCGUGAGCACCACCAAUACCCCGAUGGGUCCCGUAACGCAGACCUGCGUUAUCGUGUUCACACCAAUUAAGGAUGCCCAGGGGAAUGACGCAGUGGUGGAGGUGAAGACGUGCACGAUUACGAUGGGAGGGUCGCCGUCAGGGUCUGUCUCGACCGCUGCUCCUACUGCCACCGAUACCGCUUCGUCGUCGUCGUCCACUUCUGUAUCAACGACCUCUGCCGCUACAACAGCCGCUACGACUUCCUCUUCCGCCUCCUCUUCCACACUCUCUACAGAACCUCCGGCGUCUACUCUAUCAACGACCUCUGUAUCAUCCUCGGUUGAGACAUCCUCGGCACCUGCGACCACUGUCUCGACAUCUGCAAGUGUGAGUGCGACCGCAUCUGGAGGGCCUAUUGUCGUCAUUGGUGUUUCGACGGUCUCCGUUUCAGCAACUUCCACAGCGGCAGCGUCCACCGAUAUAGCGGCCACCUCAGUCUCCACUUCAGCCGCUGCUAGUGCCACCAAUGGGAAUGGAGGGAUUGUCGUCGUCGGAGUAUCAACUGUUUCGGCUCCUGUUCAAACUGCCGCCCCGGCAAGUACACCAGCAGAUGCCUCGUCAUCUGUGGAUGCCACGUCUGGAACCCCUACUGCUACAGACACCACCUCCGUUGAACCUUCUGCUGUAGCUGCGUCGGGAUCUGCAGCUGCCGUCGAGUCACCGACGGAGGAGGCAGCCUUCACUCUUCCUGGGAAACAACUGUCUGUUCUCCCCAUCGGCCUUGGUGUUUUCGCUGGUAUCUCGGUAAUUGCGCUGAUAGUUGUGGGAUUGGUAACCUAUGAGCGCACCAAGUAUCGCAAGGCGUUCCGGCAACGUAAACUUGCAGAAUCUGGCGCUGCAAUGGGUUAUGGUGGAAAUAUGGCAUGA